AAUAAUAAUCUUUCAAUUAAUUGAAGUUGGUCAUAUGAAUUCUUGAUAUAUUUUAUUCAAAAAAGUCUAUGCUAUUAAAAAGAUUAAUUUUUUAUUUGAAUUUUAAGACAAGUAGUGAAGGCCCCAUUGGUGGGAUCUCAAGAACAAAACCGAAAGUUAGAAAAAGAAAUGAGGACUGAAAGAGAAAGGUGCAAACUUUUUCUUUUUCCUUCUUUUGAUACCUUCCUUUUUCUUUAGUUUUAGCUUUUACACAUUUGGACACUCAAUACAAGGACCCAUUAAUCCAAAAAAUAUAAUUAGCCUUUUUUUAGCUGAGUUAAAAAAAAAAAAAGUUGAAAGCUUGAGUGGUUGUUGAGUUUACUUUUUGUGGAGAGUUGAUUUUGAUAUGUACUCAAAGAGCUGUUUGAAACUUUGAAGUUUCUGCUCUGGUAAGUUGAUACAAGGGGAUUGAGUUGUUUCCUGUAAUUGAUAUCUGUUUUAAAGUUUUGAGAAUUGGUAGUUGUUUAUAGUGAGAAAAAAAGAUGGGUGUUGGAUUAUUAGAGAUUGGAGUUGAAAUGAGGAGAAUUUUGAUGUUUUCAGUUAAAAGAUGUUAUAUUACAGUCUUGAAUCAUCCAUUUCUUGUGGGUAUGCUGUGUUUCAUAGCAUUUUUGUACAGAACUUUCCCAUUUCUGUUUUCAAUAUUGUUAGCUGCAUCCCCAGUUCUUGUUUGUACUGCUGUUUUGCUUGGAACUUUACUAAGUUUUGGCCAGCCUAAUAUACCCGAAAUCGAAAGGGAAGAAAAAACAAUAACUCAUGAUAUAGUGCCUUUGAAAACUGGGGUAUUAUAUGAUACAACUCAUUUUGUGAGUGAAGAUAGUUACUAUGUGGAGAGAUACACGGAGAGGGACCUCGUAGAGCAGUCGAUUGAUAAGAUUAGUGAUCUUUCCCCUCUACUCGAGGAAAGGUCUCGAGAUUUUCAAUUUGAGGACGGGGUUUUUGAGCAGAACAAUGAAGAGAAUGAAGAGAAACAUGGUGAUGAGGAACUUAUGGAAAUUCAAUACUCUUCGAUUCCAGCAGUUGAUGAGGGUUUCGAGGAAGCAGCGAGGGGCUUUUAUGAGCAAAACAAUGAAAAGAAUGAAGAGAAACAUGAUAAUGGGGAUCUUAUGGAGAGUCAAUACUCUCCCAUUCCGACGGUUGAUAGUGAGAGCGUUGAGUCUGACUUUGAUAGAUCAGAUUCCUUUGAUUCUAAAAUGGUGAAUCUUAAUUCUCUUCCCGGUUCCCCUUGGAAAAAGGAGACCGAAGAAGAGGAAAAAGAGGAAGAACAGGAGGAGGAAGAGGAUGACGAUGACGAUGAGUCUUUUGAUUCGGGAUCUGAUCGAGCAGAGAGCUCGUCUCCAGAUGCUUCAUUAGCUGACAUUAUGCCGAUGCUUCAUGAGCUCCAUCCACUUUUGGGUGAAGAUACUCCUCAACAUGUUAGCUUGUUGCAUAAUGUUUCUGAUGCUGCUUCGGAUAGUUCCGGUAAGACCACGGAGAGUGACAAUGAAUCUGAUGAUGGUUGUGAAAAUCAAGAAGAGGUAGAAGUUGCAGACGACGAGAAUGAAGAUGGUGAAAAGCGAGACGAGGAAGAUAAAAGCAAGUCAGCUAUAACAUGGACAGAGGAGGAUCAGAAGAAUCUAAUUGACUUGGGAAGCUCCGAGGUUGAAAGGAAUCAACGCUUAGAGAAUCUUAUGGCAAGGAGAAGAGCAUUGAAGAAAAUGAGGACGAUGAUGACCGAAAAGAAUUUGAUCGACUUGGAAAGCGCUGAUCUUCCAUUCAACAUCCCGUCCAUUUCUACGGCAAGAAACAAUCCGUUUGAUGCUCCUAACGAUAACUAUGACCUCGGACUGCCACCAAUCCCGGGAUCCGCUCCCUCUGUUUUAGUACCAAGGCGAAACCCGUUUGAUCUUCCUUAUGACUCAAGUGAAGAGAAACCUGAUCUUAUGGAGGACGAAGAGUUUAUAACAUUUCAAGCGAAGGAUCCGCUUUUCCGGAGGCACGAAAGUUUUAUUGUAAGACCCUCAAUCUUUGGGCUGAACAGGCAAGACAAGCAAGAUGUUCAUUGGAGACCUUAUUUUGUUCCGGAGAAGAUGGCUUCAGAAGGAACAAGCUACUCGCCAUUUCAACGACAAUCUAGUGAACUUAGUGAUUCCAAAGUAAGUUCAGUUCCCGAAACAGAAUCACUAAGUUCAGUUGAAGAUCUGGAAGACAAAGAACUCAUAGAUGAACGCAUUUCCGAGGAGCCAAAGCUGAUAUCUAAACAAGAGCAUAUUUCUGAGCAUGUCAGACAUGGAAGUCAAUCCUCCGAAGAAGUAGAGUUUUUGGUGCAACUGGGAACUCUGGAAAAUCAUCAUGAAGCAGAAAAAGCUUUGCUCCAGGAAGGAAGAGAACUUAAUCCAACCGAUAUUCAGUCAAAGCCGGAAACUUCUUAUCAAAGAUACAGCAGUCAAUCUAGCUCCUCGUCGUUGGCAGAAGUGAGUGAAAGGGUCUUUGUUGAUAAAGAAGGAGAAAUGAGGUCAAGUUUCGAGGAGAUAAUGGGACAUGUUGAACAAAAUGGGAUUUCCAGGGAAGCUUCAUUUGAUGGACCAAAUUUCCACGUCACGAGCACUUCAGUGGAUCAUACUUCACGCGGUCAACCUAUUUAUGAUUCCAGUCCUUCUGCUAUUAGGGAAAACAUAUUCUCAUCCUCCUUUUCUUCAGAUCAGCAUGUGGAAUCUGAAACAGGGUUUUCCCCUAUAAGAACUGUUUCUUUCAUAGAGAGGGAAUCACAGGAAAAUAGUCAGGACAUUGAAAAGUCUCUUCCAACGAAUGAAGAAAUUUUGGCACCAGAAGAUGAGCUUGAUGUUGCAAAGGCGGAGACUUCUCAAAAUGACGAAAUCCUUAGCAGUGCAAAUGCCUUUCCAGUGCCUGAGUUCGUUCUUGGUCAGGCAUCUGCGGACUCAAAAUUAUCAGAAAAUGAGGAUAUUGUGUAUGAGGAAGGAAUUAUUGAGCAUGAACAACUGCGAAUUACUUGUCCAGGAUUGGAUACAGAUACCUGUAUUCUGUCUAACCAUGCUGAAUACCAGACAGUUGAAUCCCUUUCAACAUUUGAUGAUCUCAGCUCAUCAAAUGUUGUUGAAAAUUUGGCUACUGAUGAUCACACUGAAGUGGAUGAAGAGCUGGUCUCUGGUGGACAUGCUUCUGUAGAAAAGUCCAUCUCUCAGCAUGAAGAAGAAUUGGCACACACAGACAAAUCCAUAGAUGAACAACCCUCAGAGAAUCGGGAAGUAACGGAGCCACCAGCUAUCCUGGUUGAGUCAAUUGAGGAAGCAAGCACCACUGAGAACGUGAAUGUUUCAGAAAUCCAUGACCUUGAUAAUGGAAUUCCUAUUAUCAGCUCCCCACGUACUCCCGACUGUAAUUCCAAUCUGCAUGAGGUUGUUGGCCCAGCAGGUGCUGCAGGUCUAAAGAGCAUCUUUCUCGAUGAGGCGGAAAAUGAUAACCAGAUCAAGGUCUUAGAAAACUAUGUAUUGCCAGCAGAGAUAGCUGAUUUUCACCAUGAUGAGCAAUAUAUAGUUGAAGAGACAGACGGUAUCGAGGACAUUGAUGAGGUAUUAUUUCUCUCUGAAUUAGAUACAGUUGGUGACUUUAGCAUUAACGAGGGUUUGUCUGCAUUCCACGCUGUUGAUUCUGCCACCACAGAAUUUUCUGAAGAGGCCCAUGCUGAAGUUCAUGAAAGAAAGUUCCCAUUGCACCCUGAGAUUUUAAAUGCAUCCGCGGUUGAAGAGAAUGAUAAGCAUGAGGAAAAGGAGUGUGCUUCUGAAAUUCAAAAUUCUGGAAUGAGCAUUAUUGAUCAUAUUGAUGCAUCUCAUACAGAAUUGUCUGAAGCAGAAGUUGAUAAUGCUGUUGAUCCUAGAUCAAUUGAAGGAGGACUGCCCGAGGAUAAUUUGGAUACUCAAGAGGUAGUUCCAAAAAUGCCGAUAGCUGAAGCUCAUAACUCUUUCUUUGAGAUAGAAAAUUCAAAAUCUACUCAAACUGAAGUGACUGAAGUGCCUCAAGAAGUUACAGUCAAAGAGGAAGCUGAUUCUGGUAUGUCAGUACUAGAAGCACAAACAAUUCAAGAUAUUGAAUCGGCGUUUUGGCAAGUUUUUGAGAAAGAAAUGGAGAAAUCUAAUGUUCUUGAGCAAUCUAAUGCUAAAGAUCCCGGAAUGCCAGUGCUGGAAGCACAAACUGUUGAAGAUAUUGAGUCAGCAUUUAGAAGUACUUCUGAGAAAGAAAUCGAGCACUCUAACGUGCUUGAGCUACCUAAUGCUGAACUAGUAACUGAACAAUCUGAGAGUUCAAACAAUUCAGCAGCAGUUGAAGUGUCAAGUUCAGUACCGAAAGAUUCAGGAAUGCCAGAGCUGGAAGCACAAACAGUUGAAGAUAUUGAGUUAGCAUUUCAAAACAUUUCUGAGAAAGAAAUAGAGAACUCGAAUGUGCUCGAACAAUCUGGGAGUUCUGACAAUGCAGCGGCAUUUGAAGUGUCAAAUUCAGUGCAGGAAGAUUCCGGAAUGCCAGUGGUGGAAGCACAAACAAUUGAAGAUAUUGAGUCGGCAUUUAAAAUUACUUCUGAGGAAGAAAUAGUACACUCGGAUGUACUUGAGCUACGUAAUGUGAAUCUUGUAACUGAAGAUUCUGGGAGUUCAGCCAACGCAACAGUGUUUGAAGUAUCAAGUUCAGCACCGGAAGAUUCUGGAAUGCCAGUGGUGGAAGCACAAACAACUGAAGAUAUUGAGUCAGUAUUUGAAAGUACUUCUGAGAAAGAAAUAGUGCACUCGAAUGUGCUUGAGCUACCUAAUGCUAAACUGGUAACUGAAGAAUCUGGGCAUUCUGACGAUGCUGCAGUGUUUGACGUGUCAAGUAAAGUACCGGAAGAUUCUGGAAUGCCAGUGCAGGAAGCACAAACAGUUGAUGAUAUUGAGUUAGCAUUUAAAAAUAUUUCUGAGAAAGAAAUAGAGAACUCGAAUGUGCUCGAGCUACCUGAUGCUAAGCUUGUUACUGAAGGAUCUGGGAGUUCUGACGAUGCCGCGGUGUUUGAAGUAUCAAGUUCAGUUGUGGAAGAUUCUGGAAUGCCAGCACUGGAAGCACAAACAGUUGAAGAUAUUAACUUAGCAUUUAGGCAAAUAUCUGAGAACGAAGUGGAGAAAUCGAAUGUUCUUGAGCUACAUAAUGCUAAGCUUGUAACUAAAGAAUCUGGGGAUUCUGACAAUGCAGCGGUGUUUGACGUGUCGAGCUCAGUACAAGAAGAUUCUGGAAUGCCAGUGGUGGAAGCACAAACAGUUGAAGAUAUUGAGUCGCCAUUUACAAUUACUUCUGAGAAAGAAAUGGCGCAUUCGGAUGUACCUGUGCAACCGAAUGCUAAGCUUGUAACUGAAGAACCUGGGAGUUCAGACGCUGCAGCGGUAUUUGAAGCGUCAAGUUCAGUACUGGAAGAUUCUAGAAUGCCAGUGGUGGAAGCACAAACAAUUGAAGAUAAUGAGUCAGCAUUUAGAAUUACUUCUGAGAGAGAAAUUGUGCACUCGGAUGUACUUGAGCAACCUAAUGCUAGGCUUGAAACUGAAGAGUCCCGGGAUGCUGACAAUGCAGCGGUGAUUGACGUGUCAAGUUCAGUACUGGAAGAUUCUGGAAUGCCAGUACUGGAAGCACAAACAGUUGAAGAUAUUGAGUCAGCAUUUAGGCAAAUAUCUGAGCAAGAAAUAGCUGAGAAAUCGAAUGUUCUUGAGCAACCUAAUGCUGAGCUAGCAACUGAAGAAUCUGGGAACAUUGCAGCUGCUGCUGAAGCGUCAAGUUCAGCACUGGAAGGUUCUGAAAUGCCAGCGCUGGAAGCACAAACAGUUGAAGAAAUGGACAUGGUAUUUAGGCGAAUAUCUGAGAAAGAAGCGGAGGAAUCGAAUGUUCUUGAGCAACCUAAUGCUGAGCUAGCAACUGAAGUUUCUGGGAGUUCUGAUAAUGCAGCGGUCGUCAAAGUGUCAAGUGUGACAUGGGAUAUGCAGUUACCGAUUCUUGAAACAAGACCAACUGAAUAUUUUGAUUUGGAUCAUGAAAAACUUUCUGAGAGUGAUGAUGAGACACUCACCCAUCAUGAUUCUGUUGGUGAUGAUGAGCAUAUGAGGGAACCCAAAGAUAUAGGAGCUUCUUCGGAUUCACAAAAUGUCGAGACAGACUUGCCUUUGAAACAAAUCUUGGAAGAACAGCCAAGGGGAGCAAGCUCAUCCAAUGAUAUCAAAUCGAGUGUUAGGGGAUAUGAUGUAUCCGAAUUUGGUGAAGGUGAAACAGGAAAAGGAGAUGACGAAGUUGUAGUAAAAGAAGCUAAGGCAUUAAUAGCUGAAAAACCAGAACAUGCUGUUGAUAUGCCUACUACAGCUGAUGCUUAAGGGCUAAAAAGAUAAAUCCCACAAGACGGGCUCGAGUUCAAGCUCAAGCUUUGAUUCAAGUUCAAGCGACUCCGACAAAGAUCGAAGAUGCUCAGGAGUUAAAGUUGGUUUACUUUUGUGUUUAUUGCAUGGUUUGGAGUGGCUUUGUGAAAUGAUGGAUUCCUUCGAGAAUGAGUUUUGUUUUGAUUUCUGGAAGCAUUCUUUCUUCUUAUAUUUUUUCUUCUUCAUCUUUUCAGCAGUUUCUGGAGAUUGUUGGAAGAAAAGGUUUUGUUAAACUUGUAUAUGGAUUUUGUAAUUUUUCGUAUGAGACAGUCAAUGUUGACUGUUUUCUUGAAAGUAAUGGCAGACUCAAUGCUUUCCUC